AUGGAAUUCGAUCCGAAGACGCCUCAAUUCCUCACCUCGGACCGGUCGAGCUUCGCCUCGGUCUCAGCCGACGACCGAUGGCCGGUUAUUAUCACUGGUGCCAUUGAUGACCUGCACCGGACGGUGGCUACAGUGACGGAUGAUGAGAAGGCCAAAGAGGGCAAGAGAAUUAUCGAGAAGCUUGCGACCAUGAAGUAUGAGUUGCAGCACGACCGGCAGUUGACUCCCCUGGAUGACGAUGGCGCGUCUGAUAUCGCUUCGUAUAACAAGGAGCUUGAACAGCGCGGAACUCCGAAAUGGCACAACGCACCCUGGCUCUACUCUGAGUGCUACCUCUACCGCCGUAUGGAGACCUUCUUCUCCCUAUCAAAGCACUGGAAGGGAUACGAUGUCUUCGGCCGCCAAAAGAUGUCCACCUUCAAGUCCUCCCGCCCCGCCGUGCUGGAGCUCGCUGCGCGGUACCGCGAGCUAGCUCUGGAGGCAGAAUCCGGCAAAAACGCUGAGGGUAAGUCAGCCGAGGAGGUUGCACAGGCCGAGAGACUGCUGUUCUCGGAGAUGUGUGAGAUCUGCCUCUGGGGCAAUGCUACCGAUCUCUCGCUCCUCACCUCCCUCACCUACGAGGACAUCCAGAAGCUGCAGGGCUCGCAGGCGCGCCAGGCAUCUCAGAAGAAUAUACUUGUAAACGACAUCGACUCUGCAUUCGAUGUCCUGCAGAAGGCCCGCGCGGAAAAGAAGGCUGACGAGCGUCGCGUCGAUAUCGUCCUCGAUAACUCCGGCUUCGAACUAUUCGUCGACCUGAUCCUGGCUGGAUACCUGCUAUCCGCAGGCCUGGCAACAACAAUCGUCCUGCACCCCAAGCGUCUGCCCUGGUUCGUGUCCGACGUCACGCCGAAGGACUUCGCUGACCUGCUCAACUCAAUGGUCGACCCGCAAGCAUUCUACACCGCCGCCGACGACUCGGGCAAGACCUUCCCCCAGCUCUCGGACAAAGAAGUCGAAGACGUGAAGUUCCUGUUCCAGCAGUGGAGCGAGUUCCACCAAGAUGGCAAGCUGAUCGUGCGCCCGCAUUCGUUCUGGACUACUCAGGGCUGCUACUGGCGUAUGCCCCAUGUUGCGCCCGAGCUGUUCGAGGACCUGCAGGAGAGCGAGCUUGUCCUCUUCAAGGGCGACUUGAACUACCGCAAGCUUAUCAACGAUGCCCAAUGGGAUCCCACAACCCCCUUCACAACCGCCAUUGGACCCAUGGGCCCGAAGUCCGGCAUCCGCGUCCUGGCCUUCCGCACCUGCAAGGCAGACACUGUCGUCGGUCUUCCCGCCGGCGAAGACGAGAAACUCCGCCAGCUUCCUGGCGGCGGUGGCUCCGAAGCUCGCAAGUGGGCGUGGAGCGGGAAGUGGGCUGUUGUCUCGUUCUCAGACGGCAAGGCCUAG